AUGGAUCCUGGGGCGAAUUCCCCUCAGAAACAGGAUAAAGAGAAUUUAGUGGGCAUCAGCAGUAAAGGGCUUGGUGUAUGUGGCUGGAUCCUGUUUUCCCUUUCUUUGCUGCUGAUGAUCAUUACCUUCCCCAUCUCCAUAUGGAUGUGCUUGAAGAUCAUUAAGGAGUAUGAACGUGCUGUUGUAUUCCGACUGGGACGCAUCCAAGCUGACAAAGCCAGAGGGCCAGGUUUGAUCCUGGUCCUGCCCUGCAUAGAUGUCUUUGUCAAGGUUGAUCUCCGAACUAUUACUUGCAACAUUCCUCCACAAGAGAUCCUCACCAGAGACUCCGUGACUACGCAAGUGGAUGGAGUUGUCUAUUACAGAAUCUAUAGCGCUGUCUCUGCCGUGGCUAAUGUCAACGAUGUCCACCAAGCCACAUUUCUGCUGGCUCAGACUACCCUGAGGAACGUCUUAGGGACGCAGACCCUGUCCCAAAUUUUAGCUGGCCGAGAGGAGAUUGCCCAUAGCAUCCAGACCUUACUUGAUGAUGCCACCGAGCUGUGGGGGAUCCGGGUGGCACGAGUGGAAAUCAAAGAUGUCCGGAUUCCGGUGCAGCUACAGCGGUCCAUGGCUGCGGAGGCCGAGGCCACCCGGGAAGCCAGGGCCAGGGUCGUUGCCGCCGAAGGAGAAAUGAAUGCUUCCAAGUCUCUGAAGUCAGCCUCCAUGGUGCUGGCCGAGUCCCCAGUAGCCCUCCAGCUGCGUUACCUGCAAACCCUCACCACUGUGGCCACCGAGAAGAAUUCCACCAUCGUCUUCCCUCUGCCCAUGAAUAUCCUGGAGGGCAUUGGUGGUGUCAGCUACAAUAACCACGAGAAGGCUACGAACAGAGCCUGA